AUUUAUAUAUCUGUCCCUCUCUUUUUUGCCUUUCAACCAUUGACCUCGGCGGUUCGCCAGAAUGGCACAUCGACAACCUCUUCACAGAUGCACACUGUGAUAGGUUUCACAACGAGUUUAAUUAAUACGCACCCAGUUCAGUGGAACCAUUGAACGGAACUCUAGUUCCAGUCUACUGAACAACAGCGCACCCGGGGGAAUGUGAGCGUGCAAGCUGUAGCCUGAAUGAAAAUGAUUGGCUGAACGAGGACACACUCACUUCUCUUAGAUGUGAAUGGCACCCGUUGAAAUAAAUGGAUCUAAUGUGACUGGAUCACAUUGCAUUAGCGUAAACUUUCCUGACAACAACGGACCGUAUUCGCCUCUCGCUGCUCACACGUUGUGAUAUUAUAAUAUUUAUAAACAUUGCAGUUUUUCCAGAGAGAGUUUAGUGUCGCAGUCAUGAAUUCCAGUUCGUAUUUCGUCAACACUUUGUUCUCCAAGUAUCAGCCGGGGGAAGGGUUCUACCCGUCCGGCUAUGAACUGCCGUCCUGCGCCUACAGCAAGACACAGAAGACCUCCUACAACUCGGGCAACCUCGGCGGGGGGAUGAACGGCGUGUCGAAUCACCACCAGCAGCCGCCGGGGUACUUCAGCACCCCGGCCACCAGCGCCAACGCGUUCCACGGGUCCUAUGAGCCCCACAGUGUCAACGCUGCCAGCAACGUGUACGGCACGCUGAACCAGAGCGCGGCCUCGCCCAUCACCUCGUGGGACGCCCGGCUCCCGUCCUACGGCACCUCCUGGCCAGGCAACACGGCCGAGUUGGACUCCUCGUACAACUUGAAGGAGCACUCAGGAACCAUGGGGGUGUUCUCACCGAGCUCACAGUCAGAUGUACUCAAUAACAACUGCCACAACUCCAUGGUUUCAGGGAGCAGUUCAAAUUUCCCCUGGAUGAAUGUUGCAGGCACUGUUGCCGGCAUGGACGUGGGCCGUAAGCGCUGCCGCCAGACGUACACGCGUUACCAGACCCUGGAGCUGGAGAAGGAGUUCCACUACAACCGCUACCUGACGCGACGGCGGCGCAUCGAGCUCUCCCACCAACUCGCCCUAACCGAGCGCCAGAUCAAGAUCUGGUUCCAGAACCGUCGCAUGAAGUACAAGAAGGAGAACAAGAAGGAAGGGACGGGCUCGCCGGAAGGGGAGAAGAGCGAGGCGGAACUGGGCGGCGUGACGGCCCGGAUCCCCGGGGCCGAGGAGAGGGGGAACGUCCACGGUGUCGGGGACAAAUGAUUCCAGAAUCUUGGAAAGAGAUCCGAACGGUUGAUAUCAAGAGGCUUGGCGUAAUCUCUUGAGGCUGUAGGGAGUUUACACCCAGUAUACGCUGCCUAACAGUACUCAAGUCUGCUCAGUGAAUGCAUUUUGGCAACCUCAGCACUUGGCAGGAAGAGGUCAACAGGUCAGAUCCCUGAAGACCAAUUAAAAAAUUGUAAUUAUCGCCUAACGGCUACGCCCCCAUUUGCCGUAUUAACUCCUAGUCAGUGCACGUUUGCUGUCGCUCCUGCUCAGUCAAAUGAACUGCUUUGAUAUUGGUGUUAACGGUGUAGGUUGUCGUGCUAAUGGUGUCAUUUCGAAAGCCUUUUCUUCAAGCUGAAUGCAUUGACCAAAAUGUAGAGCAAUUCCAAGUUGCAUUUUAAAGAUUCUUUCUUUUUCAGUGAAUUUCCCAAAACAUCCCUGCGGAGGACACUUUAUCAAGCCACAGUUUUACAACUGUUCUUCAGCUGUGCAGAGCCCAAUCUUACGUACUCUGAGCUUCUUCUACAUUUGUGCAGAUUUAUAGUGCACCGUCUGACAAAUUGGUAUCAAAGACGUAAAGUUCCUCCAAGAAUCUAUACGAAUAGAAACGCGUCUGGAUGGGCUUUCACGCAGUAUAAACCAGGGAAUCAUUUUUUAUUUUCUAAAUUGGACACAUGGGACAACGUAGCCCUUGAUUUUAUUAAUUUUGCGUUUAUAAUAAAGUCUGAUGACGUGCAAACUGACUACAGUUUGGAUGAAACCCCCCCCCACCAACAAUAGAUAGGCGCAACCUGCACUGCGCGAUGGGCCCAAGUCAGAUGCUGAAGGCUCACAGCUGCCGCCUGAACCUGCGCGAGGCUCACGGCCGGUCACUGGUCCCACGUCUCGUGGAAGGUCAAGAGUGUUAUGUCUUUGCCCAAAGAGACAUCCCGCCCCACAACAGCUGCGUGUGUUUUGAGGGUAACACGUGAUCCGGCCAUCGUUCACACAGCCUGUCGACGUUUGCAGAUCCGGGAGGGUAGGGGCAUAUUUGUAGCGCUAUGGUAGGGGACAGGACCAUGCGCAAAGAGAGGCAACUUUUGUGCGUGUAAUGAAGGGCGAUGAUUUGGACUAUGUAAUUUCUCUUCCUUUCUCAGAAAGGUCAACAAGGUCGCAUUAAAAACUCACAUUUGCCACCCCUAAAACCAAAUGGCCCCAACCCUAAAACUGUGUUCUUUGCCUGUCUAUACUUCAACAUAGGCUAUUCCUCACAAAAGUAAAAUUGGAUUUGUGACAUUUUUGCGUUUAUGUCUUUAUCAAUCCUCUUGAAACCUACAUCUCAAAAACCUGAACUCUAAAUUUAAAAAUCCGAUUGCAGUGUAUAAAUGAUUUAAAGUUUAGCCAGCAGUAAUUUUUAACGAUUUUUAAAUACCUAAAGUCAAUUGCCGUUCGAGACCCAACUCGAACCUUGUGGAAACAAAGUUCAAUGCAUCACGACGUCAAUUUACAUUGAGUGAUAGCUACUCAUGACGAACCCUCUUCGGCAGUCUCGCAUCUUGAGUAUGGUGCAGUUGUGGCGAAGAUUCUCGGCCCAAACAUACCUUAACGAAGUGUAUUCGAAAGUUAAUAACCUGCCACCAUACUAGGGGUGAAAAGGAUGAAACUUUCCAUUGGCUUUGUGUCAGGUGACAGCACAUGGCUCACACUGUUUGGAACUAAUGGAAAAUUGAAUUACGAUUUUGAGUAUAAGGGGAAUUACAUGUAUGUGCUUAAAGGAGAAGUUAGGUUAUUGUUUGGAGAAUAAUUUUCUUUAAAUGAAAAAUCCUUGAUCCCAGUGGUAUUUGAGCUGUGAGUUGACCCUCCCUCAAGCUGUGAUUUCCAAACUCAUCUUCUCUGACAUCUUGAACUUAAAGAGAGAAUCACGUCACUUAUUCGAACAUCUGAAGAGUAGAACGCGUGCUUUAUUUUUGAUGUAAUAUUUAAUUUAUUAAAAAGUAUCUCCUUAGACAGUGAAAGAGUACAAAUCUCCAAUUAUUUACUUAAUUCCUAACAGUCCUAUGUAGAAACUGUCCAGAAUGUGGAAAGUAGUGGUUACCGUAUGAAGAUUUUUGUUUCUCGGCCAAGGAGCUAGCAAAAUUCCUUGGUAGAAAAAAAUCAAUGUUUCCAUACUGCUCAUGGCCGUGGUUUUUGAAGGUCGAGGAUAAUGUUUCAAUGGUGUAUCAUUUUGUGUCUUUAAAGUUGCGUCUUUAUACUGUUUCAGCCCGGAGUGUUUUGUAAAUAAUGUACAUAUUUCGAGCGCUUUAAGUUCUACCUUGUCUUUCUAUGGUGACGUAAGUGAUUUAUUAAACACUUUGAACAAUUAAA